AUGGCUUUUUCGUCUCAUGGUGCAUUGUAUACUGGAGAAUGGGAAUAUGACGUUUUCUUAUGUUUCAGAGGUGAUGACACCCGCCAUUGUUUUGCAAGCCACCUCAUGGCUGCUCUGGCCGCCAGCCAAAUUCAAGCAUUCAACGAUGCCAUGCUUCGUAGGACACAAUCCUUCGACGAGCUCCUGUCUGUCCUCCAAAGGUCCGCGCUUUCAAUUGUGAUUUUCUCAGAGAAGUUCGCUGAUUCUCCCUGGUGCUUGAACGAGGUUGUUACAGUUGCCCAAAGCAUGGCAAACUUUGGGCAUCGAGCAUUGCCGGUAUUUUACAAGGUUGGUUGGUCUGAUGUGGCGGCGGACUCCGGCAGGUACUCCACUACCAUCGUUGAUAAGCUUAAAGCCAGAUCAGAGGACAAAAAGAGAUGGAAGGAUGCUUUGAAAGCGAUUGCUAAUUGUGCUGGGCACAACUCUGCGGAAAUUAAGAUUGAAUCUGAAUUUAUUAAGCUUAUAGUAGAAGAUGUUCAGAAGCAACUAAUAGACAUGUCACCGAGCAUCAAGUCUAACAACUUGGUGGGUAUGGGUUCACGCGUUUUGGAGGUUGAGCGAUUGUUAGCCAUGGACGAACUAGAUGAUACAAGCAUCAUUGGGCUAUGGGGGAUGGGUGGUCUAGGGAAAACAGCUCUGGCCAAAGCUUGCUAUGAUCGGACAGUUUCAUCAAAGAAAGAUAUCAAACAUCAUUUUAUCCGGAACAUCAAUCAAAAUUGUGAAAGCCAGCUUGGCGUAGAAGGAAUAGUGCAGGAUUUGUAUUCAAAAUUGUUGUCCGAGAAGAAUCUAAGUCGUGAAGAUUUAGAUAUGAAACGUCGAAGGGCACGUCUUUCUCGCUCGAAGGUUUUCAUUGUUCUUGACAAUGUGGAGACUCCUUGUCAGCUAGAGCAUCUACUUUUAGGAGAUGUCUCUAAACACAAAAAGCUCUUUGCCUCGGGGAGCAGAAUUAUCGUGACAACAAGAAAUAAGAAAGUGCUUCAAAAUGCAAUGGCAAGGGUAUAUGCUAUGAAGGCUUUGAGUUAUGACGAUUCUAUUCAACUCUUUAGCUUGCAUGCAUUCAGGCAAUACCAUCCCCCGAAUGACUGGAUGCAUCUGUCACACCUAGCAGCAUCAUACUGCAAGGGGAACUCCUUGGCUCUUCGAGUUUUGGGAGGUACAUUGUUUGGUGAAGAAAUACAUUAUUGGCAAAGUUUUCUGAGUGGAUUAAGAAUGAUUCAGAAGCCAGAAAUUCAUGACAUUCUUAGAAGAAGCUACAAUAAAUUGGGGGUUGAAGAGAGGAGGCUGUUUUUAGAUGUUGCUUGUCUCCUCAACGGAAUAGAAAGACCCAGACUGAUCAAAUAUAUGUCAGUCACAUGCACAUCUGCUUAUUGUAUUGUGAAGGACUUAAUUGAUAAGUCCCUCUUAAUUUGUAUUUCCUGCAAGGAUGGAGAGAAGAUUGAGGUGCAUGAUCUGCUUAAGGAAAUGGCUUGGAACAUUGUCAAUGAGGAACAAAAGCUCCGCAAACGCACCAGGCUGGUAAAUCCUGAGGAUAUUCACAAAUUACUGACAACUCAUAAGGUGAAAAAUUGGGCAACAUUCAUUUCAAACCUCUUCAGAGGCAUAGAGAUGGUACUACCGACAAGAAAAAGAAGAAAAGUCAUAGACAUGCACAGGGAAGGUAAUUGUACAAUGGAGAAACUUAGAACAACUGAAGGUAUUAGUUUGGAUCUUUCUAAAGCGAAAGAGAUGCAUCUGGAAGCCAAUGCAUUUGAAGGGAUGGAUUCUCUUACGUUUCUCAAAUUCUGGUUGCCGAUAAAUGCUAUGUCUAACCGUUCAGCGAGGGACAACAAAUUCCUUUUGCCAUAUGGUGGCCUUGACUCUCUUCCUGGCGGUUUGAGAUGGCUGCAUUGGGAUCAAUAUCCUUCCAAAUCACUACCUUUGAGAUUUUAUCCCCAACAUCUCGUCCAUCUUAUUAUACGAGAUAGUCCAAUUAAAAGACUCUGGCAAGGAUUUGACCAACCAUUGCUGGUGAAUUUGAUGGUGCUCAAUCUCUCCUAUUGCACAAGUCUACUUGUGAUCCCCGAUCUCUCAAAGUCUUCAAAACUUGAGGAACUCCUACUCCGGGAAUGUAAAAGCCUAGUUGAAGUACCCUCUGAAGUUCGACAUCUGGAUAGGUUGAUAAAAAUUGACCUUGGAUAUUGUGUGAACCUUGAGCAUCUUCCAUCAAAAUUCAACUCAAAGUUCCUCAAGUACGUUUGGAUGGACCAUUGUCCUAAUAUUAAGCACUGUCCAGACAUGAAUUCAGGAGAGUUGAUGGAAUUGGACUUAAACGAGACACCUGUAAUAGAGCCGCCGAAGGCAAUGUACCAUGUUAAGCAAGGUGGCAUCCUACGUCUCUGUGGCAAACAUUUCACCAACUUCCCAGCUAUAGCAGCAAGCUUGCAGGAGUUUCAUCUGUGUCAUUCUGCAAUAGAAGAUGUAAAUCCUUAUGGUCAUCAUCAGGCUUCUUCUGAGUUAUUGCCGGAAUUUGGCUGGUUGGAGUUGGUUGGUAAUUUGCAAUUUAAGAGCCUACCUAAGAAUAUAUGGAACAUGGUCUCUUCUCUUCUUACCAUCAGGCACAGUCCAUUGCUUGAAAAUUUGCCAGAGAUCUCAGAGCCUGUGAGUGGUCUAUCCUAUCUUUCAAUACUUCGUUGUGAAAGCAUCAAAAGCAUCCCAUCUAGCAUCAACAAUUUGGUAUCUCUAAGUUAUCUCGGUUUGAGAAACACCGGCAUUAAAUCAUUGCCUUCCUCUAUCCAAGAAUUGGAUCAACUCAAUUCAAUAGACCUGAGCUACUGCAAAAGCCUCGAGCAUAUCCCCAGCAAUAUCCAAAAACUACCCAAGCUAUACGGCUUGUACUUGAGGGGUUGUCGAAGUAUUUCGUCUUUGCCGGAACUUCCUUCAAAUCUCUCUAUUUUGGAUGUUGGUGGUUGCAACUCAUUGCAAGCUCUACCAAGCAACGCCAGUAAGCUGAGUUGGGAGAGCCUCAGGUUUUACAACUGCCCGGAAUUGGACAGGACGUUUCCUGAUGAAAUCGUGGCAAAUUACCCAGUCUAUGCAACGUUGCCUCGACGUUGCAAGGCCGAGCUUCAAUAUCUGGGGAGUGAUAUUCCGGACUGGUUUUCUUACAAGAGCGCGAAUGGAAAUGACGGUUCGUUUGUGAUGGUUCCUUUGCCUCCCUCCAAAGGCAGCAGUGAGCGACCGAUGAUCAAGGGAAUUGCAUUCGGCGUGGUGUGGUCUUCGAAUUCUUCCUGUGUUUGGCCGACGAUGAAAUGUGAUUGUUCCGUCGGCACCAUCACCGUUGCCUCUUGGAGCUCGUGCCAUUUUUCUUUGGACGGGGAUGGCGCGAAAUCAUCAGACAAGGUGUUUCUGUGGUUCGACCAGAAUUUAUCAGGUAAGACCAAGGAAAGAGAAGGAAAAGGAGAAGAAGCAUGGUAUGUGAAAUAUGCUGGGCUCGCUGUUUCGUUCCGGUUCUAUCCUCGUUUAGGAUACGGAGAAGAUGUCAAGCAACUGGAGAGCUUCAAAAUCAAGAGAUGUGGCGUCUCUCUAAUGUACUAA